GCGCGAGCGCCGCCUUCGUAGACCUCACGAGCCCGAGAGCACAAUGGCGCGCACGACACUAAAGUUUAAUUAUUAAUGUUCAUGGUUUCAUAUACGGGUGGAUCCUCUGGAAAGAGACAUUACUGCUCCCGCAGACGUCACGCUGGGUCCAGCUGUUUGUGUGUGUGUUUUGCGCAUUCGCUGGAUAUUAAUGUUCUGCUGCGUAUAUGAACAGAUAGUGUAAAGAAUAGAUCAUCAUGUGGUUCACGCGGACGUUCAACAGACUUCGUGGAUGUGUACGUCCGGGAGCGCGUGGCAGUCACGCAGAGAGCGCGAGAGGAAACGUAUGCAGCUAUCAGCUGUUGCACGACUGCAUGGAGCUGAAGUAUGAUGGUCUUGUCAUGCACUUUGAUUACGUGUGGCUGAGAGAUCACUGCCGUUCAGCUUCAUGCUUUAACUCCAAAACAAACCAGCGGAACCUGGACACUGCCAGCAUUGAGCUGAACAUCAGACCCUCAAAGAGCAAAGUGGACGAACAGCAGCUCUACCUCACAUGGCCGGACGGUCACGUGACACGAUACAGUUUGUCAUGGCUCACUCAGAACAGCUACGAGGGCCAGAAGAGAAGUGCGGUGCAACCUCGUAUUCUGUGGAGCUCAAACAUCUACAGCAGCGCUCAAGUUCCAUCUGCCCGCUGGGAAAAGUUCAUGAGCUGUGAUGAAGAGCUGAAGAUCUUCCUCAAUCAGUUACUGCUGUAUGGCAUCGCUUUUGUGGAAGACGUGCCGGCGACCCUUGAGGCAACAGAAACAGUGAGCCAAAGAGUCAGCUUGAUCAGAGAGACCAUGUACGGACGGAUGUGGAAUUUCACGUCUGAUUUUUCUCGAGGAGAUACAGCAUACACAAAGCUGGCACUGGACCGCCACACAGAUACGUCAUAUUUCCAAGAGCCCUGCGGCAUUCAGGUGUUUCACUGUUUGAGACAUGAGGGCACAGGCGGCAGAACACUGAUGGUGGAUGGUUUUCACGCUGCUGACCGAGUUCUCCAGCAGACACCCGAGAACUUUGAGCUGCUGUCUCACGUGCCCAUAAAACACGAAUACAUUGAGAAGCUCAGUGAGCAUCAAAACCACAUGAUCGGCGUGGGCCCGGUGCUCAACGUCUAUCCCUGGAACAAUGAGGUUUACAUGAUUCGGUAUAAUAACUACGACCGCUCUGCCAUUAACACGGUUCCUCAUGACGUGGUUCAGCGCUGGUACACGGCUCACAGACAUCUGACCGCAGAACUGAGAAGAGCAGAGAAUGAACUGUGGGUCAAACUCAAACCAGGCAAAGUUGUGUUCAUCGAUAACUGGCGUGUGCUGCACGGCAGAGAGUCUUUCACAGGUCUACGGCAGUUGUGCGGCUGUUAUCUGACACGGGAUGAUAUGCUGAACACGGCUCGCUCUCUGGGCCUUCAGGCCUAAGUGCACAAACACCUAAAACACCCACAAUCCAUCAGCCCAACAAAUCAAGAGCAGUCCAACACAAGUUUACAGAAUAUUUUCAGGACUUGUUUGUCUGUCUGUAGACAUUUGGGGACUGUUUCACAGACAAGGAUUAGACCAGUAAAGCACCUCAGGACAUCUGUUUCCACUGAGUGGUACGGUUCAGUACGGUUUGUAAGGGUACCUAGCACAUUAGUACCAAUAGUACAGGAACCUAAUGGGUGGAGCUAGUCUCACUGCAGGCCGCUGAUUGGUUUUCAAAGAAUCGUCACUUGCGCAUACUACAAGGGGAACCAAAGAGUAUAGAUGCCAAGAGGCGAAACUCAAUAGAUUGUUCCAUUGCAACACCUGCGCCCUGUGUUUCCGCCAUUUUGGGGUGAAGGUGACUCUGCUUUCUGCUCUGGCGAUGGCAAUAUCAGCUCUUGGUAUCUAUACUCUUUGGUGGAACGACAACACAGGAAGCACCAUUGUCAUUUACACAUUGCUUUGUUGCGUGAGAAUGACGUUGAUCGCUACUUUCAAGCCUACCUGUUGUCAGUUGCAUCGCAAGCCUAAUGUUUACCCGUAACGAAGCGUACCGUACUGCACUGUACCCAACUGUACUGCUCAGUGGAAACCAGGCAUAUAAGUGACAGAUCACCCAAAAAGUCUUCAUUUAUUCACCCUCAUGUCAUGUCAGUCUUGUAUCCCUUUCAUUCUUCUUCAGAACACAAAAGAAGAUAUUUUGAAGAAUGUUAACACUGAAACCCAUUGUAUAAACACAAAACAUUUAUCGAAAUAUAUUUUAUGGGGGGUAUAACCACAUGAGGGCAGGUAAAUGAUCACAGAACUUUUAUUUUUGGGUGAACUAUCUCUAUAACCGUGCCCAAGUAAAAAAACAUUACUGGCGAGCGAUCAUCUUGAGAAAAAGCACUAGACACAGAUAUCUGCCUCUUCCGGCAUGAUGAAAAGAAUGAGUUUUUUGUAGUAGUGAACAUGUUCUAAGAAAGACCAAAUCAUAAUCAUGAAGGUUUUUGUUGUUUCAGAUAAUGAAAUAGAAAUGUAUAAUGUUUUUACUGAUUGAAUUCACAAUGAUGUUAUGACAUUCUGUGAGGAAAUACAGAAUCAGAAAAGAUGUCUGAUCCUGAAAGUGUGUGAAAUGAUGGUGAGGUGCAGGAUUUGUGUCCUCAUAUAUCAGUAAUGGUAGUACUUCAUUCAUCAGCAGAAAAUCAUUUAUAUUCUUCUUGUUUAUAUACGUGAAGCAUUUCACAUUUUAAUAAUCAUCUCAAAUAAGUGUUUGCACAACAAAUACCAAUGUUACCUCCAGAGAAUAAAUUCUGUGCGUUCA